GUUUGGGCUGAAGCCCCACCCACUAGUGAGACAACACCUCAUAGAGAGAAACUCACCACGCAACAAAUAUCAUACACGUUCACCAUCAGACAACAUUCACAAACGCACUCUUAACUCUCAGCACAUACUGCAUUGAAGCUGGCGUCCAGAACAGACGCUGUCGCUGGCUGAAUCGUGGAGCAGUUUUCUACAGGCCAGAAACUCAAGAGAAGGCGCACUUGUUUCAUCUAGCGCAGAAAGAGCGCAUUACAAUCAAGAUGGAAACUGCUCAGGAGCGCAAGCCAAAAAGACCCCAUUACAUUCCCCGACCACCAGGCAAGCCCUUCAAGUACCAGUGUUUCCAGUGUCCUUUCACUUGCAACGAAAAAUCCCAUCUCUUCAACCACAUGAAAUACAACUUGUGCAAAAAUUCCAUCUCCCUGAUGUCACAGAAAAAUGGGCAAACGCCCCGACAGAUGAAAGCAGUAGCAAAAGGGGUCCCUGUCAAGUCUAAGGACUGUACAGACUUCCUCCCACCAGCUCAGAAUGACAGUCCGGACAAACAGAAAGGUGAGGAGAACACAGCCGAGAGCAGAGAUGACACAGAUGAAGUAGAUGUUGGGUGUGACAGUCCACGCAAUAAAGACAGUCACAGCGUGACGAAAUCAAACACAGUUGCGGAGAGUGAGAACAGAGAGAGCAAUGAGACCAAGGAUCUGCCGCGCCCGUCUGCUUUCUCCCCUGUCACACCCAACCGUGAUGGAGCAGAAGCCUUCAAGACGUCUGUGCAGCAGACAGAGGAUUCACAAGCUCCUGUUCCCGCUUUCAACCACCCAGGCUUCCCAUGGUCUAGGAGUACGCUUUCGUCAUCCAUUCCCUUAAAACCAUUUCCUCCUCUCGUGGUCCCAGAAUAUCCUCCUUAUCUGUUGCCUGACCGAGCUUUGUAUCAGCCAUACUACGUCCCUGGCAAUCACCAUGUGAAUGAGCCCAAUUCUCCAUCUUUCCAGCCAGAGUUUCUGGAUUCCCAGAGGUCUAUUGUACAACAACCCAUCGGUCCAUCUCACACUUCACCAUUUGCUCCUUACUCAUACAGAUAUUGCCAUUCUCUUCACCCAGGGCCUGGUCUGCAUUACACCCUCUAUAGGCCCCAUGAGUUUGCCAUGCCGAUUGCAGGACCCAGAUAUAAUCCUUUGGAUUUGUAUGGCCCAAAUCUCAGCCCUAAGGAUUAUGACUUAUACAUGCAUCCACGUCUCAGUCAAAACCACCCAAAUUCUUCCAUGCAAGAGGACAGCCACAGUGGGCAAAAUGGAGAGAAGGCCACAAGGCUGAGCCCUAAAGAGGGCUGCUCAGCUUUGGGGUCUCCUGACAGACCCAGUCAAGCACACAUUAUCCAGAGAGCCACAGAGGCCUCGCAGCACAACAACAUGGCUGUGUCACAGGCCGCUCCCCAAACAGGGCACACAACUACAACUGAGAAAGCGGUCAAAAAUGACUUAAGAUACGAAGAGUCUGCAGAAAUCUUGCUACAGUUGGGAACUCAGCCUGCUGACAGAGGAGCAAACGAGAGUAGUGAACAUUCGUCCACGUCUGAUUUUGAGUCAUACUCCAAAACUAAAUCAGAACAAGAUAACAUGGAUGGCACAGACAAUCUGGCACCCCUUAACCUCUCCACAAGGGACCAAGACAACGAAAAAAGAGACUACACAGACCACAGACUGAGGUGCUCAGGCACUAUGAAAUUAAAGGACAAUGAGUUGCCUCUGAACCUCAGUGUUCGAGCUUCUCACAUCAGUCCCAUACACAGCUCUGUUGGGAGCACUACAGAAGAUCCUGACAACGAGCUGGGUGAAGAACCUUGUGAUCAGAGGCAGACUGCAGCUCUGGCACUUUGCCAGCUAUCUAUUGCAAGCUCUGCAGCUCCUUCAUGCGACUUCAGUGCUGCAGACGAGCCCUCAAAAGAUUACGCAGACUCUGGCUCUCCUAAGAAUACUAAGCAAACUUCCAGGGUCAAGGUAACAGGUAUAAAGAGAGGCAAGAGUGGCCAGGAUGCAAAUAAAUGCCAUAGACCAAACAAAAGAGUAAAAACACCUGGGAGGGCUCUCAGGAGGAGGCCUCGUUGUUGCUGAUACCUACAUUUUGACUGCUGUAAUAUUUGAUGAUAUGGACUGAUUUCCUUUAAUAUUCACCACUUCAAGUAUCAACAUGAAAAUACUUUUGACUGUGGUGAUUAAGCUCUUAAAGAUUUAUUACUCUAGCAGUGGAAAAAAUGUUAACAGCACUGCCACAAGGUUAUAUGUAACAUGUGAAAUGCAAAUGCCGAUAGGUGAUUUUAUGUAUUGUUCUCAGACUUUUUUUUUAAAAAAAAAAAAGAAACUUGGACACAUUUCUAAUGUAUAAAGUGGGUAAUGGAAAAUAUCAUAGUGUUGUGUAAAUAUAACAAAUGUUAAAUAAAGACAUAACAAAAAGUCCAUUCUAACUA